ACUUCUUCCACUGCAUGUUAAACGAAGAACAUUCUGGAAACAACAGGUUUUGUCUUUGCAUCAUCAUCAAAAUCCCAAAACGAGGUACAACUCAGUUUUCUUUUGUCUUUGACAAGGAAUCUAGAGUGUUAGAACUUCUUCUCUCAAACCAAAAAUGAGUCGUCAUCCAGAGGUCAAGUGGGCUCAAAGGGCUGACAAAGUCUAUGUCACGGUUCAGUUGCCGGAUUCCAAAAAUGCAAAAGUGAACCUUACUCCAGAUGGUGUUUUGACUUUUUCUGCCACUGCUGGUGCGGAAGACCACCUCUAUGAGCUCAAGUUGCCACUCUUUGACAAGGUUAAUGUAGAGGAGAGCAAAAUUAAUGUAGGAGUGAGAGGCAUAUUCUGUGUAGUGCAAAAGGCAGAGGAUGAAUGGUGGAAAAGGUUACUGAAAGCAGAAGGGAAGCCUCCACAUUAUGUGAAAGUUGAUUGGGAUAAAUGGGUGGAUGAAGAUGAAGAUGCGGGUCUCGGUGACCUGGACUUGGGAGGGAUGGAUUUCUCGCAAUUUGAGGGUGAUGAUGCAGUGGGUGCGGAUUUUGACGACGGCGAUGAUGAAGUGCAAGAAGCGUCAAAGCCUGAAAAACAAGAGGGUAAUGAUAACGAGGGAGGCUCUACGGUUGGAGACCAAGCUGGCAAGAGCACCGUCCAGGAAGCUGCUCCAAGCACAUAAUAUCAUUGCAGUUUAGGAUCUUAUACUCAGGAAAACGCUUUUAGAUGUGCAUUGAAGUUUCAGUCUGACUGUAGUAUCGUUUGGUGUAGGUGUUUAAGAUAUUAAUAUCACUAUCUUUGUGUCCCUAAACAUUAGCUUGUAUUAUGAGGCAGCCAAAGCUCCUUCAAGUUGAAGUACUAAUGUACAAUUGAGAUUUUUAUUUAUUGUGGGAAAGACGGUAUCUGGAUUUCAAUA